AUGGUGGAGUGUUUGGGAAGCACCAAAACGAAAAACGUCCAAGCAUCGCAUACCCUUUCUAGGAGAGAUGCUUCCAAGACCUGGCAAAGCUUCAGAGAUGCGAAGGUCAUCAAUCCAUUCGCCGAGUACCAAUGGAUCUCUCAGCCAUACCCGGACUACAAUAUGCCGAAGGUUGCCCAAGACGUCAGACCUCAUAGGACACUUCGAGCUAUCAGCCACUGUGAUGAAAAGGGCUGGUGGCAUAUCCUUGAUGCCAAAGGCCGAGAGGUUGGCAAGCUGGCGGCUUUUGUGGCUGGUCUUCUGAAGGGAAAGCACCGCGGCCGGAUUGAGAAGAUGUUUGUUGAAUUUCAAAGGAAAGCCUUCCACAUGAUUGGUGGUUGCAUAAUAUGCAGCUGCUAUCAUUGGGGCAUCAAGCACAAAUAUAUUAGACCAGCUUUCUCACCAGAAGCAGACAGCACUACAAUGGACGGGGGCGCUGCCUUUUUGGCCGUAUCCUUCGUGUGUUGGAUUGUUGAGGCCUCGCGCUUGACUAUCCCUGCAGUGCAGAGCUGGUACUUGAAAACCUUCAAAGGUCUCAUUCGACAGAAAGAGCACAGCAAGGCAGCUGGCAUUGCCUACUUUUUGCCCGGAGCUUUGGCUGCCAUGAUGGCAGCACCCAGCAAUUUUGCGAUCCUGGGGAUCCUCUUCCUGUCCGUGGGUGAUGCAGCGGCUUCUAUCGGCACAGCUGGUGGCUACAUUCCAGUUGGAACCUCAUCGAGAAAGGUAGAAGGCAGCAUUGGUUGCUUCUUGGUGUGCACGGCCCUGGCGAUAUAUGCUGGGCUCUCCACCGAAGUCUCACUCAUAGCCUCUGGUUUCGUGACGUUUGGAGAGGUCCUAGCCGAAAUCAUUGGGCUGGAUGACAACUUUGUGAUUCCCAUUCUUGGGGUUCUUGGAGCUCGGAUUGGACUCUUUCCUCAGCUGGGCAAGAUGGCACUUGUUAUGUGCGGUGGCCUGGGGAUUGGCGUGGGACUAGCAGCGCUUGUUGGUUCUACUACUUCGAAAGAGAACCCAGGUGUCGACUUUGCGCCUGACCGCAUCAAAGGUGACUCGGUGAUCAUUGUGAAUGCUAUCCACUUGCAUUUCCCCGGUCACACUUGGGAUACCAAGAUCUACAGGUUCAUGCGAAAUAGACGCUUGACUAAAUAG